AUGAGUAAAUAUGUGGGAAGAUUAUUCUCCCCUCGUGAUGACCAUGUCAAGAAAUUCUUUUCAAAUUAUCCAAUUUGUGGAAUUAGAAAUUUAGGAAAUACUUGUUUUAUAAGUUCAGUUUUACAAUCUCUAGCUAACACCCAACAAAUUCGGUCGUAUUGUUUUCAUCACUACAACCCAAUUAAAGGAAGAGCAGGAGAUAAGUCAGUAUAUCAUGGCUCUCUUCUAAACGCAUUUAUCAAUUUAACAAAUGCCAUCUGGUCAGGAAACUAUAGAUUUGUAACUUCUUUAGCAAUCAAAGACAUUGUAUCAGAAACACAUCCACAGUAUGAAGGAAAGGAUCAAAAUGAUGCACAUGAAUUUUUAUUAAUCUUUCUUGAAAUGUUAGAAAACGAAUUAAACACAAAAGAUAUAAAUAAUUUCUCUUCUUCUAUUUCACCACUCCUUCUCACACCAAUUCCUUGUAGAGGAACAAUAAAGACAUAUUCUCAUGAAAAUUCUCCUUCAAAAAUAUAUUAUUCUCCAUUUGAAGUUGAAAUGAAUGAGACUGAAUCUGAUGACUCAUCUUCAGACUCUUAUUUUUCAAAAAAUCUUAUUAGUGAUGUUUUUAAAGGAAGAAUUAAACGUGUAACUGAAUGUUCAAUGUGUCAUUAUAGCUCAGAUAUUUUUGAGGAAUUUAUUUCUUUAUCAGUUCCAGUACCUCAAUGGUAUUCAAAUGAAGCACAUCCAAUCUCAUUAGAGAGUUGUAUUGAAUUAUUUCUUCACUAUGAAAAUAUAGAUGAUUGGUAUUGUGAAAAAUGCAACAAAAAAAGAAAGGCUAAAAUAUAUUCAACUAUCAGUGAUAUUCCUAAAGUUUUAAUCAUUCAAUUGGUUAGAAUAUACUCAAAGAAAUACCCAAUUCAACAAGUUUUGUUUCCUUUAAAUGAUUUAGUAGUUCAAACAUCCCCUAACCAUUUCGACUUUUAUGAUUUAUAUUCUUUUAUCACUCAUACAGGAUCAUUAUCAAAAGGUCAUUACAUAUCAUGGAAUAAAGUAUCAAACCAAUGGUACUGUUGCAACGAUGAAAAUGUCUCUCAAGGUAACCCUACCACAUCAUCUGAUACUGUGUACAUUCUUUUUUAUAAAAGGAAAGUAAGUUGA